UAUGUAGCCGAUAUGGCUCCGAAGCAAUUAAUACUAUUGUUAUGAUUCAGACGAAUACGUCAUGUGCGCUUGAACAACGAUGCAACCAUCGCGUUUCGGUUAGUAUUCGACAAUAGAGACUCGCGGUUACUCGUUCCCGGCUCGGCCCGUUCCGCGAAACGUGCUCCACUCCGCUCGCGCUUAAAUUGCUUUCUAAAUAAUAUUUUAAGAAAUGCACGCAUGCAACGGCCGCCUGGAACGGAUGUAAUUAACCGCUCAGUGUCGUGAGAAUACAUGGUAUCGACAAGUAACCAUUUGAUGUGGUUUCGUUCGUUUUAUUUAUUCGUUCAUUGCGAGCAAAAUCCUGAAUUGGGAGCAGGUGAUCAAGCAACAGAUAUGAAACGCGAUGGAAGAAUUGAAAUACAUGAUAAUUGCACGGUGAUUGUGUAAACCUGUGCACGUUGCAGUGACUCAACUCAUUGGAAAGGAAAUGAUAACGAUGAACCUUCGUGAAAACCGUGGAACGAUUUUGUGACUAAGGCGUAAUCAAUGAGGUGGUAAUAAACAGCCUUUGUAACAGAUGUUUACAUGAGAGAUAUUGAAACGAGUAGCAAAGAAUAAACAAGCAAUUAUGUCGAAUAAAAAUCUAUCUGAAAAGGAGUCUUCGCAUAGAAACAGUAUUACGAUACAGGAUGAAAAGGCGGCGAGUGACAAGUAUAGCAAGGGCAACACGAUCUCCGCGCAAAAGAAUCCGGAAGAAGUUGUCAAGAAAUCGAGUAAAGCGACUCAGAUUGAUUUUAUCCAAUUAUCUUAUGGUACACAAAGAAUCAGACCGACUUCUCUGGCCUAUUUGCCAAAGCAGACGCAAAUGAGCGAAUCCAGUUAUCCCUGUUAUAAUUCCAGAAGUUCUUCCUUAUGCCCGUCUCAGAGUGAAUUAAUUCUAUCGCCGAGAAACAGGAACAGUCGUUAUGUAGCUUUAGAUAUGAGAUCAAUGGGUAGCCUUCCACUUUCGAAUAGUCACACUUCGAUAAAUAACAUGCCAUACACUUGUUGUUGUACGUGUGUGGGAUCACCUGUACCUCCAACACCUUCCUCACAACAGACGGAGGAACAAGAUGGUCCUGAAAGUCUUUCAUGGAGAAGACUUCACAUGAGCAGAGCUAAACUGAAAGCAACUGCGACAACGUCGGAGUUAUUGAGCGGUUUCGCCAUGGUGGCUAUGGUUGAGCUGCAAAUAAACGAGCCAACCGCAGUGCCGGAGUGGUUGUUUGUGAUGUUCGCUGUUUGCACAACCGUUCUAGUAUCAGUACACAUCUUUGCUUUAAUGAUAAGCACGUAUUUAUUGCCCAAUAUUGAGGCCGUCAGUAAACUUCACGUAUCUCGGCUUGUCACGGAAUCUCCUCAUGAAAGAAUGCGCGGCUUCAUCGAGCUGGCUUGGGCAUUUUCCACGGUAUUAGGAUUGUUCUUGUUCCUAGUGGAGGUUGCUAUACUGUGCUGGGUGAAAUUCUGGGAUUACUCGUUCACCGCCGCCACUGCCAGUACAAUUAUAGUAAUUCCAGUGCUCAUAGUGUUCAUUGCCUUCGCCGUUCACUUUUAUCAUUCGUUGGUUGUAUAUAAAUGCGAAUCCUCGGUGACUGAUAUAAACGAGUUGGAGAGCAUCAAAAGAAAUUUAGAUAACGUGACGAUGAGACAGAGCAGCGUGUGAGAUGAUUCUGUAAGAGAUUGUCAUCAUGUUCAUCGAUCGUUGUGUCCUUGCCUCCUAAAAUAUGUCCCAGAGUGUAUGUUAUUUACUCGCGUUUUAUUCCGUAGCGGUAUUGUAAUCGUACUUAAUGAUAUAUACGCUAUAUUCAAGUACACGUAAACAAUGAUGGAAAAUGAACACAUGUAAGUUUAUUCAAUAACUUUACUUAUUCAACACGAGCACGCACGAAGCACGAUCGUGUGCUUUUUUAUUAUAUAUAAAAAUGUACAUAGCUGUACACAUGCAAGUCAAGAAUUGCAACAGUACAAGCAAAGUGCUCUUAUAAGUAUAUUAGCUAUAUUAUUUUAGCAUUUAAUUAUAUAUUAUUUAUGACUUAAUUUCCGAUUUUUUCUUUUAAAUGUAUUCUUCUCAUUUACUUUGCUUUUUAUUUCAUACAUUUCGUAUCGCUAAUAUGUAUGUAUAUAUAUAUAUAUAUAUGUGUCAUUUUUUGUCACUUAGUUUGUGGGAAAACUGAAGGACAGUUAAGUGUGUUACUUAUGUACAUGCUUCUCAUUCUGAAACUUGUUAUCCUAGUCAAAAUAAAUAAUCCAUCAGACUUAAAGACUCUCGUUAAUUAAAACGUGGCUCGUUACGUACAUUUAUAAAAAAAAGGAAAUAUAAUUUUACGCACCUUUCAUUUUCACCAUAAACUAAGUUAUAAUCUUAUCGAUCAAUAUUUUCUACAUUGUUAUGUAUUAAAUUCUGUUUGUACAAAAAAAGAAGCAAUAUGAAUUAAAGAGAUGUAAUUAAAGCAAGAACAUAAUACAAUCAUUUCCCUAUAUGAAAAAGUAGUUCAUUGAUUAAUUCCUAAUAACGAAAGCAUUGAAACACAUUUUAUUAUUGCACAAUAUUUUUAUAUAAUGAUAUAUAUAUCAUGUGUUUUUCUUUGUUUUAACUAAAAUGUUCAACUAAACAUCAAAAUAUGCUGAAACCUGCUUUUUCAUUCGAUAAAUUAAAUCUUGAAUUACAAGGCAAACGAAAAACAGACGAUAGGAAAUUAAUUCCUAAUGUUAAUAGUAUGUACAUUCAAUGAAACAAGAAGCUCAAAAUGGACAUUAUGAAAAUAUUAAUCCCAUAUUUUCAUUACUUAAAAAAAAAAAAGAAAAA